GUGAAACCCUUUGAUCUUCCUCUGGCGUGCUCUCUCCACCUCCUUGCCUCAUCUCUUCUUUCUGAAACCUCAUUGUUUUGGUACCAUCUAAUUAUACGUUUUAAUAUUACUUCUUUCUGAAUUUGUUGUUUGUAAAACCUCCAAUCUCCCUCUCUCUCUCUCUCUCUUUCAAUUCCCUUCUUCUGCUGGUUCUACUUUAGUUGCUUGUUUUUUGUUCAACUCAAACUGAAACAACCGGUGUCUCUUCACUGAGCUGGCUAGGGUGCGUGCUUGUGUGCAUCAGUUCUUGCUGUCUCUGUGUAAGCGCCUGCUGCUUGCUUAUCACUCGUCUGUUGCGUGGAUCUCUGGACCAGAGGCUUGGCUCUCAGCAUGUGGCUGCUGGUGUUUCUGGUGUGGUCCUUGGUCUUCACCGGGGGAACCUACUGGUACCUCUUUGGGACUCGGAGCCCGUUCUCUCUGGAGUCAGUGCGGCCCAAAGAACCAAUAGAACUGGACCAGAGGAAGAGAGACAAGGUCCUGAAGAAAGGUUUCAGUCGGGAGAGAAUCCCAGAGAACCUGGACGCCAUCGUCAUCGGCAGCGGGCUCGGAGGCCUGAGCGCCGCCGCGUGUCUAGCCAAACAAGGGAAGAGGGUUCUAGUUCUGGAACAACACGACCAGGCUGGUGGAUGCUGCCACACCUUCGCGGAGAAAGGCUUUGAAUUCGAUGUUGGUCUUCACUACCUUGGUCAGCUGCACAAAAACAGCCUGUUGCAGGUGGCCUUUGACCAGAUCACAGAAGGCCAGCUGGAAUUUGUGACCCUGCCCCAACACUUUGACACCAUCCACAUUGGCCUGGGAGAGGAACGCCGCGAGUACAGUCUCUACACCGGCAAGACCGCCAUGGAGGCACACUUGAAAAAGCAGUUCCCAGACGACACCGAGGCCGUCGAGAAGUUCUUCAAACUCAUGAAGAUGUGUGCCAGAAAGACCCACUUGCUGCCUUGCCUGAAGCUCAUCCCCCGCUGGCUGGCCCUCUUCCUGCUCAAGUCCGGCAUCGCUGACCUUUACUGCAACAUCUUCCGUCUGUCUGGCACCAGCGCCACCACCUGGGCUGACCAGGUCACCAGCAACAAGGACCUCCAGGUCAUCUUCUCAUACCUCUUCUAUGGUGUGCCUCCCAGGGACUCCAGCAUUCUUAUCAAUGCCCUCCUCAUCCACCACUACAAGCGUGGAGCCUACUAUCCUAGAGGGGGCGCCAGUGAGAUCCCCUACCACAUCAGCAACACCAUCCGCAAGUAUGGCGGUGAAGUGCUGGUGAGAGCUCCGGUCACUCGAAUCCUGUUGGAUAAAGAUGGCGCUGCCUGUGGUGUGGCGGUGAGGAAAGGCCAAGGGGAAGUGGAGGUGAAAGCCCCCAUCGUGAUCUCCAACUGCGGACUCUUCAACACCUUCAAGAACUUUCUGCCUCCCGAGGUUCACAUGAAGCAUGACAUCCAGGCACGUCUGGACCUGGUAAAACCGGGAAGAGGUUGCUUCCUCGUAUUCUCUGGCUUCCAUGCCACCCCUGAAGAGCUCGACAUUGGGUCAACCAACACAUGGCUCUUCAGGAACAACGACAUGGAUGGAUUGAUGGAUAAUUACUUCAGUUUGAGCAAAGAGGAGGCUCCUGACAAUAUCCCCAUGAUGUACUUCACUUUCCCGUCUGCCAAAGACCCGACAUCUAAAGUUAAACACCCAGGUAAAACCUGCAUGACCAUCCUGGCCAUGGUGAACUACGAGUGGUUUGAGGAGUGGAAGGACACAACCGUCAGAAAGAGAGGAGACGACUACACAGAGUACAAGAUGAGAUUCGCCAACAAUCUCUUUAACUGGGCCUGUGAGCAUUUCCCCAAACUAAAAGACAAGCUGGUGUACCAGGAGGUGUCCACCCCCCUGUCCAACGCACACUACCUAGGAGCACACCGGGGCGCCAUGUACUCCUCCGAGCAAAACCUGGCACGCUACGACCCCAUUUCCAUGGCCAAGAACCGCUGUGACACACCCAUUAAAAACCUUUACAUCUCAGGUCAGGACGUGUUCAGCUGUGGUAUUGCGGGGGCCCUGCACGGUGGGCUGAUCUGUGCUUCCAUAGUACUUGGUCACAUCCUCUACGUCGACCUCUUGUUUAUAAAGAAGAAACUUAAAAAGAACAGCGUUGUUCAGGCGUUGCAAAAAAUGUUUUGUUAGUCGUAAUCGUAGUUGAUAGCCUCUGGCCAAAAAUCGAUCUCAAUGCCUUAAUCAGUACAGUGACAGGGACAUUGUGCUGUAGAAGAUGCCGUCCUUCGGAUGAGACGUUAAACAGGGGUCCUGACUCACUGUGGUCAUUAAAGAUCCCAUGGCACUUAUCACAGGGAGUAGGGGGUUCCCCACUGUCCUGACUAAAUUCCCAACCUAGCUCAUUUAGUCUGGCCCCCUAAUCAUCCCCCAGUGUCAUUGGCCCAUUCAAUCUGGCCCCCUAAUCAUCCCCCAGUGUCAUU